UUAUUUAAAAAAAUGUUUAUCGUUCAUUAUUUUCUUACAAUUUUUAUUUUUUCUACAAUUUUGGAAAUAAAUGUUGGGAUGGAAAAUUCCAGAAGAUGAGUCGGCUAAAAACUUGCCACAUCAUCAACAACACCACCCACAGCCACCACCUCGACAACAACAAAAUUACAUUGAAUUCAAUGUUGUUGGUGGUAACUUAGUUCGUGUGCCGGAUAUUGACAUGAACAUUGUUGAUACCUUACACCCACCACCACCUCAACAAAACCAUCAGGGACAGAACAAUAACAACAAUAACAACAACAACACCACCAACAACAACACCAACAACCAAAACCGUACAGGAAGACAUACUUGAAGAAGUAUAUUUUUGAAGAGAAGAAUUAAUUUUUUGACGGGAAGAAAAUUCUUUUAGACUAUGAAAAUUGUAGAAACUUUAUUUUUUGGGGAAAGAUUUAAAAAGAAAACUUUUUUUUGACAAGAUUUAACAUUUAUUUUAAAUAUAUUUACAUUGAUUAGUUUUAGUAUAAAACAAA